AUGGUUUGUGCUGCGGGCAGCCUGCCGGGUGAUCUGCAUAAGUUGUGGCGUACCCGUAAUCCGAAACAGUACCAUUUGGAAUACGGCUACUCGUGUAUGGGAUAUGAAAUCGCCGGUGGGUUAGGUAUCAAAAUGGCGGAUCCGAGCCGUGAUGUCUAUGUCAUGGUAGGCGAUGGUUCAUACCUGAUGUUAGCGCAGGAAAUUAUCACAUCUAUUCAGGAAGGCUACAAAUUGAUUAUUGUACUCGUCAAUAAUGAGGGACAUAGUAGCAUCGGUGGGUUAUCUCGUGCGACUGGUGCACAGGGAUUUGCCACCCGUUUCCGUUACCGGGACGAAGAAAGCGGCGAACUUUCCGGUGAUUUUUUACCGGUGGAUCUUGCAGCGAAUGCCGCGAGCCUCGGUGCCAAAGUGAUUGAAGCGACAACCUUGCAGAGUCUAAAAGCUGCCCUGCAUGAGGCACGUGAAGCAGCGCACACAACCGUUGUAAAGAUUGAUGUGGAUUACUAUGAAAAGGUCCCAGGCUACGAAUCUUGGUGGGAUGUGCCUAUCGCCGAAGUCUCCGAAGUAGAUACGGCGCAAGAGGCGUACAAAGCGUACGAAUCGGAUAAGCAGAAGGAACGUUACUUCCUGUAG